UAAAUUGUAAAAAAAAAAAAUGUUUGCACGAAAAAAUACCCUUGUUUGGUCCCUUAAGUGUGAAAAAUGUGACCCUGGUUUGCUCAAAAAUAAUGGAACUAUAUGAUACCAAAAGUCAAAAACACCUAAACACUUUUGGCCAAUUCCAGCCAUCGUCUUUUCUUAAAUGAAUCCCAGUUUCCACAAACAACACCAAUCAAGAUUAACCCCACUGGGGCGCCAUUGCGAGCAAACGCCAAGAAAACACGUAUUUUCCCCUUGGCAUUGAGUGUGACUGAGCUAAGAAAAACAUGUUUUUGACUAACAUUCAACAAGUUGAGGCUCUGGCAGCAACAGGAAUUAAAGGCAAGAACCAGGGUAAAAAAUCAGAAUGAUUUAUUUCCUUCUGCCCAACAAAAGAAAUAACAAGUGAGUAUGGUUGGGGGAGAAGAAUGUGAGUGAACAUCGCCGCACUGGCAACAACGUAAUACUGGCGCCUUCAACCUGUGCGACGGCUUUACGUAUGUCACGUCUGCACUCGUCAAUCCCCGGAGGGCUACGUGCUGCGUCAUUGCGCGCCGCCAUUCGGAAGCCGUGACGUCGAGACGGUGACGCAACUCUGGGCGAGCUGGCCUGCAGGAGCAGUGGAGCUGGGCAUUUAAACGACGAUCCGGGACUGCGGGCUGUGUUAUGAGAAUCGGCCGGGACCUUUGGGCGGGAUGCUCAGAGGCCGAGCAGCAGCAGCUGGAGGGGGUGUGGCUGCCGCUGGGAGGCUCAGGCUUUCUUUCAUUUAAACAGGAAAGUUUGGACUUGUGAAAUGGAAGCUAAUGCAGGGGAUGAGGGAAUCCACUUUCAGAACUACCCUUUUGAUUUCCUGGAGUUCCUGAACCAUCAGCGCUUUGAGCCUAUGGAAUUGUACACCCACCAUGAGCACGCAAAGGCUGUAGCAGCACUUCCUUGCCCUCCACCUCAGUACGAUUACAAUCAUCAGGCCCAGCCCAAUCACGUUCAGUUUGCAAGUACUAGCACUUCAAAACCUAAAGAAUUUAAAGUUGAAGCCCCUGCUUCCUCUUCACUUUCUCCCUCCAAAAAGCCAGAUAUUAUAGCUACCACACAGCAGUUCAACAAUCAGACCCCAAUCACAACUACCCAGACCAUUUUUGACAGUGCUUUCAAUACAGCGCAGUGGGGGAUUGUUGAUCUAUCAAGUCAUCAACAUCUGUUCAACAACCUAAAACGUAGCCUCCCUGUAGCUCAGGGACAGUUGCAACCUGAAGAGGAGAACAAAGACGAUAAAAACUACUUUCGUCGCCUGAAAUAUCUCAUUGACCGUCGUUUUCCUUGCACAGUUUGCCAAAAGUCAUUUAAGCAAUCAUCACAUCUAGUACAGCACAUGCUGGUGCACACUGGUGAAAGGCCCUACGAGUGCAAUACUUGUGGGCGCACAUACAAUCACAUCUCAAGUUUGAUAAGGCACAGGCGUUGUCAUAAAGAAGAAAUGGAAGCAGAGCUAACUAAUACAGUCCCACCCGCAGACGGAGAGGCUGCGGCAGCAGCUGCAGUAGUGGCGGCAGCUGCCGCUGCAAUGUCUGAGGCCGCUGCCGGUUCUGCUGAGAUGCCUGUAACUGGCAGUGAGCAGAGUAUCCCCUUACCUCAGGACGGGCCAUUCACGUGCACUCUUUGCUGGAAGGUGUUUAAGAAACAAAGUCAUCUUCAUCAGCACCAGAUCAUACACACAGGAGAGAAGCCAUUCAGUUGUAGUGUGUGUUCAAAAAGCUUUAAUCGUCGCGAGAGUUUAAAACGUCAUGUGAAGACCCAUUCUGACUCCAUGAAAGUUCAGUGUGAGGUGUGUGGAAAAUCAUUUCGGGACACGUCAUACCUGUUGAAGCACCAAACCACACAUACAGGUGAGAGGCCAGAUUACAAAUGUGAAUUCUGCGGCAAGUCUUAUGCUGCCCCCCAGAGCCUUUUGAGACAUAAACAGGUUCACGAACAAGGCCUGGCAUUGCAUCAGCAGCCAUUGUUACAACAGUCAUUGUUACAACAGCCAUUGGUGCAGCAGCCUUUGGUACAGCAGCAACCACCCCUCAAUGAGGUGAUUAAGGAACCCACAUCAUCGGUUACAAUAGAGGCAGCUUCUCUUCUAGGUACAGAUGUAUCAAAUGUUGGCCAUGCUGCUAUUAGCGUAAUUGGGAAAAUUGGGUCUAUUUUUGGUCCUAAUUCUUUGCAAAAACCAUCUUCUGUAAAUAACAAUGCUAAGACUUUCUGCUGCAAUGUUUGUGGACGCGGCUUUGGUAGACGGGAAACUCUCAAGCGACAUGAACGCAUUCACACUGGAGAGAAGCCGCAUCAGUGUUCAGUCUGUGGCAAGCGAUUCAGAGAGUCAUUUCACCUCACUAAACACCAUGUAGUACAUACUAGAGAGCGACCAUAUAAGUGUGAGUUGUGUGGAAAGGUCUUUGGCUACCCUCAGAGCCUGACACGCCAUAAACAGAUCCACAGACUCCAGCUACCUUGUUCAGUGGCCACUGGCUCUCUUCCACCGGACAGACUUACUUUUGGAUGUACUGAUUGCGGAGAGAGGUUUCCAGACUCUUUUCACCUUAUGAACCACAAGGAGUUGCACAUGAAUGAGAAGCCUUAUGUAUGUGAUACAUGUGGUAAAUGUUUUGGAUUUAUUGAAAAUUUGAUGUGGCACAAGCUAGUACAUCAGACAGCCCCGGAACGUCUCCACCCUGUAAGUCAGUGUCAAGAUGUAGCAGAAGGUCAACAAGUAAAUUGCUUAGAGAAUAGUGCCCCUAAUGAUGUUCCUGGAACCGAAGUUGUUGCAGCAGCCGCAGCUGCUGGACUUGUGUCUUCUCCUUUUGAGGAACACCCUAUGGUCCCAAGCGGGGAGCGAUUUUCAUGCAGUAUUUGUGGUCAAAGUUUCAAGCACUUUCUUGGCUUAGUUACUCAUAAGUAUGUUCACUUAGUAAGACGCACGCUCGCUUGCAAUGUAUGUGGACAGAAUUUUGCAGGGGCUUAUGAUCUGCUACUUCAUCGCCGGACUCACUUGCAGAAGCGGCAUUUCACUUGUUCUGUGUGUGGAAAGCGCUUUUGGGAAGCAGCCCUCCUCAUGCGCCAUCAGCGUUGCCAUACUGAAGAAAGACCUUACCGCUGCACUAUUUGUGGCCGUGGCUUCUUGCAUUCUUGGUAUCUUCGUCAGCACAAAGUGGUGCACACUGGGGAGAGAGCAUACAAGUGCGCUCUGUGCAACAAACGAUUCGCCCAGUCAUCCAGUCUGGCAGAACAUCAACGUUUGCACAUCGUGGCUCGUCCUCAGCGUUGCCCGACCUGUGGUAAGACUUUCCGCUACCGUUCCAAUCUCUUAGAACAUCAACGUGUGCACUUAGGUGAAAAGGUUUACCGCUGUGACCAAUGUGGGAAGAGUUUCUUUUACAUUUCAUCCAUCCUUAGGCACCAGCGUUCCCAUGAUGCUAAACCAGACCUACGUUGUUCUUGUUGCCUCAAGCUUUUCAAGGACCCUAAGUAUUUUAGCAAACAUGUGCAAACCCACCAAGGUGGUCGGCCUUUCAAAUGUGGAGCCUGUGGUGAGGCCUUCAGCAAUACUUAUGGACUGAAAAAGCAUCGGCAGACACAUAAAAUGGAGAGAUUAGCUGCUGCUGCAGCACUUGUUGAAGGACAGAAGACUUUGUAACCAGGUUCUUACUAAACCUACUUGCAAAGUUUAUAGCCUUGCUAUUGCUCCUCACCGACCACAUUUUAUGUAACGUUCCUUACUGUAACUAUAAGAAGGUUGAGAUAUUGUAAUUAGUCCAUAUUUUAUGUUUAAAUGCAGUGUAACAGCAGCCUGUGAGCAGAGCUAGUCAUUACCUGUGCUGGGUUUGUUGAGUAUCUGUUCACUGAAUAUUAAAACCUUUGCUGCUGUUACAUCGGCUACAAGUAAUGAUGAAUUAUAGUCAGUGCUGUGAAUUACUGCCAUUAUCAUUUU